AUGGCCCCUUCCUUCACAGACGACAAAUCCCCAAUAUGCAUCCCCUUCAUCCUCAACCAUCUCAAGCUACACCAACAAGCAGCAUCUCACAGCCAGCCGCCGCCGCCGCCCCUCAUCAUCGGCCUCAACGGCAUCCAGGGCGUUGGCAAGUCCACUCUCGUCGUGCCCCUCGCCGAAGCUCUCGAGCGGAAGGGCAUCCCCACGCUGGUCUGCAGCAUCGACGAUUUUUACCUGGCGCACGAGGACCAGGUAGCCCUGGCGCGGGCGAAUCCCGAUAAUGCGCUGUGGCAGGUUCGCGGAGAGCCAGGCACCCACGAUAUCCCUCUCCUGAAAUCCGUCUUCUCCUCUCUCCUCCGCCACGAACCAACCUCUCUCCCCCAAUACGACAAGGCCCUCUUCUCCGGCCAAGGCGACCGUCUACCGCCCUCAUCAUGGAAACCCAUCAACCAAAGCAACAGCAACGUUCCUCUCCAAGUCAUUAUCCUCGAAGGUUGGUGCGUCGGUUUCCGCCCCAUCUCCCCCUCCGCCAUCUCGGCAAAACACGCAGCCCCCAGCAGAACCCUCCGCCAGCACCGUCUCGAGCAUCUUCUGGCCAUCAACGAGAAGCUCAAGGAGUACGACCAGGUGACCGACAUGUUUGGCGCCUUUCUGCACAUUGAUUCUGAGAACAUCGAGUACGUGUACGACUGGCGACAGGAACAGGAGGAGCACCUCCGCCUGGCGAGGGGCGAUCCCAACGCCGGCAUGACCAAGGAGCAGGUCGUUAAGUUUGUGGACGCUUAUUAUCCGGCUUAUGAACUUUACUCGGAGGGUCUGCGGAAUGGUCUUUUGCCUGACAGUCCCGGAGCACAACUGCGGAUGAUAGUUGGCCGCGAUAGAAAGGUGAAGCAGGUUGUUGAGAUAUAA